CCCUCCGCAGCAUAUAUGCUUUGCUUGCUCGGGUUCUGCCACAUCCAACGUCAAUCUUUAGAUUUCGAGAAUCCUCAUAAACUCUCCUGGCCAUACAGGUCUUGCUCGCUCGAACUUCUGAACACACCCACCAAAGUCUUGCUGAAGCGGGCGAACGAUGGAGGGUGGGGUCGUAGCCGGGUGCGUUAUCAUUCUGCAGCUCGCUUGGCCUUGUUGCGAACGAUGACCACUUUCCGGCAGUCAAUCAGGGCGGACAGACAGUCAUCCUUGUCGUAAAAUGCUCCUGGGGCCGCAAGUGCGGUGGGACAAGGCUGUCAUUGGAUCCUAGAGCCAUGUUGGCGAGAAGGCAAGCGGUCAAGGCACACCCGGGCUUACGUGGAAUACGAGAUGAUAGGACACUCCUUUCGCAACCACGAGUAUCCUCAGCAAAGGCAUUUCCGACCAGAUGUGUCCAUUUCGCUUGGCUCAAUGAAACUUCGCUACGCGGGCGGAUCGAAACCGAAAUCAAUGCUUCUGGAAUCGAGACUGCUCUCCGGAACACUGCUGUUGGAUCAACGAUCUGCAAGCCUCUGGUCCUCUACGACGACCUGAGAGAACACCGUAUGUCGGCCAUGACACAAAUGUUGGACGCAUGCGUUGAGGAUUUCCAGUGUAUCUCGAAUCUUUGUCAUCCGAGUACGAUGGAUCCGCUGAACGUUCUAUACUGCGCUUGUGGCAUCCGCGUCGACCGCGAAUGAAUCCUUGCCGCUUCGCCAUGCAGUACUAGGACGUUUCCGUCAAAUCAGGCAUCACCGCAUUUGUAUACAUCUCCCAGACUUU